GGGAUAAGGCCAACCAUAUUGCAGCUUUACAUUUUCCACAAAUAUUUUAUUUUAUAUCUUUCACAUUCUUUUUCGCUACACCUGUUGUAUUUAAACUUCAACAUGUCAAAAGAAUUACAGUUUCUAUCAUAUCUCAGCGGAUUACCAU